CAACGACCGCCGUCGUCUUCCAGCAACUAUCUCGAUUCACAUCGAGACCUUGCGAACGUUUCGCUUACAACUCAAUUGUUGGUCUCUCCCUCCCCGGCUUUGUCCGCUCAUCAUGUCUCUCCACCUUUAUGCAAUAGCAGCCUACCUGCUCUACCCAACCUCUUCUCUUCUUCAAGCCCCAUAGCCUCACGGCCGUGUCUGUGUCGCCUCCUACCACUACAAUCAUAUGGCGCAUAUCGCAUUAUCAUGACAUGUCGUCUCAUUCCCUCAAUUUAUCUACUCGUUCGAUUCUUUUCUCUUUCUUCGAAAUGCUCUAACGCAAGUCAUCAUCGGCGCACAGCUCUCUAGACAUUUGUCAUCUAUAUUCAACCCAACACCACCGAACGAAUAGCGAUAUACAUCCCAGUCUCGAAAGUCCUUGAUUGAUUCUUGUCAACAAGCAACCAUUCUCGCCGAGUCGUCGUUGGCGUAAGCCACUGAGUCCGGCGUCUACCGGAGCUAUGGAUACUUAUCCAUCGCGUGUCGAUGAAAGUAGGGUGGCUGGAGACUUGUACCGCAGAAGAUCACCAGGUAAGCCCAUGAAUUCAACUGGCGCUCGACGCAACGGCCGUGGUAGAUCUCGCUCCCCCCAGAACAUCGACAGAUAUCAACCAGACCGGCAGCGGGAUGAUCAUUAUCGUAACCGUGAUGAUAUUCAUCGACGCCGCUCAUCACCUGCUCCGAUCCAGGCUGGCAUCGAUCGGUACGUACCUGGACAAGACAUCGCCCCGUCGAUCACUCAAAAUCCCAUGCCAAACCCCAUCAAUCUAGACUAUCAGGUUGGAUUCAACUUUUUUGCCGAGUGGUGGCGCGUCGACCAGGCCAUACGGGAAGAAAAGGACCGACAAAAGAAUGGAGGCCGUCGCGCCGAACGUGUGAAGGGCGAUAAAGAAUCGAGAGAAGAACGAGGUAAAGAGCGAGAACAGAUCCAGGCCGCCUAUGAUGCAUACAAAGAAAAGCUACAAGUGAAGAUGGCGGGAGAUUUCGUCAGACAACACAAAGGCGAGGAAUGGUUCAAAGAACGAUAUGAGCCCGCAAUUCGAGAUCCGUUCCGGCAGCAACUGAAAACCUUCAGACAAGGAUCCUAUGAGCAAUGGGAGCAUGACCUAGCGGCGGGUGAAUUUGAUAACCUCACUCUGGAAGGUAUUUAUAAAAGUGAAAGUAAUGGAGCCGGUGGCGUGCUAGAGAAAGAGGAGGGCGAGAUGACUGCAGCAACUGAAGUAUUGGGGCCUGGGGACUUGCUACCUACUCCGGGUGGAGAGGUCAAGGACGAAGCUUCACAGCAACCGACACUCCUCAUCAAAACCAUCGCACCAACGGUGAGCCGGGCAAAGAUGGAAGAGUUUUGUAAAGAACAUCUGGGCGAUGGUGCAGGAGGUUUCAAAUGGCUCAGCCUCAGCGAUCCAAAUCCGCUCAAGCGUUAUCACCGCAUUGGUUGGGUAGUCCUUCGUCCUGGCGACGAGUCACCGGCAGAUGACGGCGACAAAGUUAUGGGCGACGGAGAAGAUGGUGCGAUAGAAUCUGAACCGCCACCAGCACCAGUUGGCACUGCCGCCAAGGCUGUACCUGAGCUGAAUGGGAAGACCAUUCACGAUGAGGAAAGAGGCGACUUCACUUGCCACGUGGGCAUCCAUGAUCCACAACCAGCACCCAGGAAAAAAGCCUUAUGGGAUCUCUUUUCAGCCCCGGAGCGCAUUGAUCGUGACCUUCAUCUGGCCAUGCGACUGGCAGAGAAAUUUGAUGAGGAGCUGGGCACUGACUAUAAUGGAUUAAGUAAGAUCGAAGACCGUGUUGAGGAUCUUCGUAAUCAGGGCAGGCUUCAGCCCCAGCCCGAGCCUGUACCAAAGAAAGAGCCCGAGUCAGACGAUAUGGAAGAUGGUGAAGAAGAGGAAACCGGGGAUGCGUAUGACGACGAUAUGGAUGACGAAGAACUGCUGGCAAAGAAGAAGAAACUAGAUCUGCUCGUAGAAUACCUCCGCCGCGUAUUCAACUUCUGUUUCUUCUGCGUCUUUGAAAGCGACUCGGUCCACGAACUUCUGCGAAAGUGUCCUGGAGGCCAUCUUCGUCGUCCAAGAUCGAGCUUGACAACCGCUGCCAAAUCAGCUGCCAAAGCAAGCGCUGCGGGAGAGCCUUUUCCUCUCAAGAAGCAAGAAUCUAAUGUGGACAACGAUGGCGAUGGUUCUCCGGAGGAGAAGAAAUUCAACAGAAAUAACAAAACUCAAGGCCAACUUCAGAAGGCCUUCAAUUGGGUCAGGACAUAUGAAGAUAAACUUCUUCAAAUCUUGGAUCCCGAAAGCGUCGAUAUCAAGAAAAUUGGAGGUAAGCCUGCUGAAGAGGCUCUGGAGGACGAACUCAGCAAGUACGUAAAGCAAGAGGACGAGUCGAAAUUCCGCUGCAAAGUUCCCGAAUGUACGAAGUUGUUCAAAGGCCAAACAUUCUGGCGAAAGCAUGUGGAGAAAAGGCACGAGGAAUUCUACCAAAAGCUUAAGCAUGAGGUUGACUUGAUCAACGCCUACGUGCUCGAUCCUGCUCACAUUGCGCCGUCUCGGACCGAUGCGAACAGCAAUGGUCAUUUCCCGAACCAUCACCAACCAGCCGGUACGCCUCGCGGGUUCAGUCUCAAUCAGCUUCAAAUGAACUUUGGUCAAGGAAUGCCUAAUCCAGCUGCCUUUCAAGCUUUCCUUGCUCAAUCGGGAGCAGGAAAUAACUGGGCUGGUCCGGGCGGCGACGACGAUCGCCACGGAGUAGGGCCCAUGCGCCGUGGCGGAGGCAGGUUCACCAACACCAGAGGGAACAAUCCCUACGACAGACAAACGAAAGAUUCACGGAACAUGCGCUGGAAUGCUGGUAAUACUGGACGCUUGACGCCCCCUCGCAUCGGUCAACGCGGUAACAACCCUCGCUAUGCUGAAGGUGGUGUGGCGACAGUAGGCCCACGUGAAGCCGUCCAGGGACGAAGCCUAAAAAGCUACGAGGAUCUAGAUGCCGUCGGCGGAAAUACGAACGGUGCGUUGGACUACUGACGACACCCAGACCUAGCGUAGAAGUAUGUUAUACAUUUCCAAUCUGACAUAAUCCUUCGGUGGAAGGAAUAUAUCUAAACGUCGAAUGAAGUGGAGAUCGAGGUAUCAUUUAUUGGCGGUCCUUUGUGUGUGCGUGAGGUAGGAAGGACAUGAUCGAAAGCUCGCGCGUCUAUGGUGAGCCUGGCAAAUGGCGCUGAAAAUAUGAAAUGUAAAAGUAGAACUUAGUAUAUCAAAUGAGAGAUAUGGGCAUGGCAAAUUGUAGGAGCUUCACAGACUUAAUUACUGUCCAGACUGGAGGUUGACUAUCUUACCGACAAGAC